AUGACCGAGCGAUUCUUCUUCGACGACUGGGUCGGCGGGACGGUGGACAUCGCGCACCCUCCUCAAACCUCGCAGUGGGUGCUGGAGACCAAGUUAAGCGAUCGGAACAGCCAGCCUUCGGCAGAGGAUUGGAACGAGCCUGGAACCGGUCAAGCCGUUCCCGGCGCCGCUCACGGUACCUUUAUUUGCAGGAACCUCAAGAACCCAGAAGAAACUGCGGUCCUGAACGUCCUUAUGCAAGUGCCGAACGCAGGCUCCGAGUACAGCAUCCUUCCCGAACGAGCGCGGCAGGCGGCAACUACUCUCCCCUUCGAAGCCCAGCGCGAGCUCGCCCCUCUCUCGACGUUGAAAUCAUUGGAGAGGGAUGAGCGUGAUCGGAUCCGGAAUGCGUUCCGGGUGGCGUUUGUGGACUGUGUUCAAGCCGGCAUCUACCCUUCUCAAUUGAAUCCCGCUAAUCUCUAUUGGGAUUCCGAUGCUUCCCGCAUAGUCAUUGCCGGCUUCAGAAAUUCACGCCCAGCUGAACCAAAAGACCACUGGAGUGAUAUCGAGUGGAUUGCUUGGUCCCUUGCUAAGGCCCCGGUAGGGUACGCUUGA